AUGGCACAGUCAGACAGAGCAAUAGUCAAAUGGGAUGAAAGAGUUUGUUUAGGUGCAGAGGGUUUUGGAAACCGCAAUUGCUAUCUUGAAAACAUUGCAGAUAAGAAUUUUCCUCCUGAAAUGUCAUCCUGUGUAUUUGUUAUUGAACAAGCACUAUCAGUUAGAGCAUUGCAAGAAAUGGUGACUGCUGCUGGUUCAGAAAAAGGUAAAGGCACAGGUGGUGGUCAUAGAACUCUCCUUUAUGGACAUGCAGUACUUUUACGCCAUCAAAACAGUAAUAUGUAUUUAGCAUGUUUAUCAACGAGCUCAUCAAAUGAUAAAUUAGCAUUUGAUGUUGGUCUUCAAGAACAUUGUCAAGGAGAAGCAUGUUGGUGGACCAUUCAUCCUGCAUCCAAACAAAGAUCUGAAGGUGAAAAAGUCAGAGUUGGGGAUGAUUUAAUUUUAGUUAGUGUUGCCACUGAGCGUUACUUGCAUACAGCACGAGAAGGUGAAAAAACAAUUGUUAAUGCUAGUUUCCAUUUAACACAUUGGUCUGUUGCUCCUUUUGGUACUGGAUCUAGUCGUGUUAAAUCUGUUGGAUAUGUAUUUGGUGGUGAAGUGCUUAGAUUUUUUCAUGGUGGAGAUGAAUGUCUUACUAUUCCAGCUUCAUGGACUGAAGUGCAAGGACAAAAAAUAAUAAACAUUAUGGGUAUUCUGAACCUGAUUUUGGAAACAAUUGACAAGAUUAAUGUUAUCACAAAUCAGGGAUAUUUAGUCUCAUUUAUGGGUGAAGAAGCUGGUCAAAAUUGGGAUGCAAUAUCAGGAUAUCUUUAUCAAUUAUUAGCUGCAAUAAUUAAAGGAAAUCAUACUAACUGUGCACAAUUUGCACAAUCUCAUAGAUUGGAUUGGUUAUUUAGCAGAUUAGGCAGCCAACAGGCUACUGAAGGCACAGGCAUGUUGGAUGUAUUGCAUUGUGUUUUAAUUGACAGUCCUGAAGCUCUAAAUAUGAUGAAGGAAGAACACAUUAAAGUUAUUAUUUCCUUAUUAGAGAAGCAUGGAAGGGAUCCAAAGUACUUUUAUUUUAUCAGAGGCUUAGAUUCUCUGCAAAAUGAUGGACCAAGAGCAGAAGUUUUCAAAGAUCUUGAUUGCGAAGAAAUGAUUCGAUGUUUGGAAGAUCUAAUUGAAUAUUUUGCUCAACCAGAAGAAGAUAUUGGUAGGUAUAUUUUGUAUAAAGUUUUGGAUGUUCUAUGCUCAUUAUGUGUUGGCAAUGGUGUUGCAGUUCGAAGCAGUCAAAACAACAUUUGUGAAAAUUUAUUACCUAGUAAAAAUCUUCUACUUCAAACUCGAUUAAUGGAUCAUGUUGCAAGAAUAAUAAACAUUAUGGGUAUUCUGAACCUGAUUUUGGAAACAAUUGACAAGAUUAAUGUUAUCACAAAUCAGGGAUAUUUAGUCUCAUUUAUGGGUGAAGAAGCUGGUCAAAAUUGGGAUGCAAUAUCAGGAUAUCUUUAUCAAUUAUUAGCUGCAAUAAUUAAAGGAAAUCAUACUAACUGUGCACAAUUUGCACAAUCUCAUAGAUUGGAUUGGUUAUUUAGCAGAUUAGGCAGCCAACAGGCUACUGAAGGCACAGGCAUGUUGGAUGUAUUGCAUUGUGUUUUAAUUGACAGUCCUGAAGCUCUAAAUAUGAUGAAGGAAGAACACAUUAAAGUUAUUAUUUCCUUAUUAGAGAAGCAUGGAAGGGAUCCAAAGGUUUUGGAUGUUCUAUGCUCAUUAUGUGUUGGCAAUGGUGUUGCAGUUCGAAGCAGUCAAAACAACAUUUGUGAAAAUUUAUUACCUAGUAAAAAUCUUCUACUUCAAACUCGAUUAAUGGAUCAUGUUGCAAGUGUUUUUCAGGGUAUUCUGAACCUGAUUUUGGAAACAAUUGACAAGAUUAAUGUUAUCACAAAUCAGGGAUAUUUAGUCUCAUUUAUGGGUGAAGAAGCUGGUCAAAAUUGGGAUGCAAUAUCAGGAUAUCUUUAUCAAUUAUUAGCUGCAAUAAUUAAAGGAAAUCAUACUAACUGUGCACAAUUUGCACAAUCUCAUAGAUUGGAUUGGUUAUUUAGCAGAUUAGGCAGCCAACAGGCUACUGAAGGCACAGGCAUGUUGGAUGUAUUGCAUUGUGUUUUAAUUGACAGUCCUGAAGCUCUAAAUAUGAUGAAGGAAGAACACAUUAAAGUUAUUAUUUCCUUAUUAGAGAAGCAUGGAAGGGAUCCAAAGGUUUUGGAUGUUCUAUGCUCAUUAUGUGUUGGCAAUGGUGUUGCAGUUCGAAGCAGUCAAAACAACAUUUGUGAAAAUUUAUUACCUAGUAAAAAUCUUCUACUUCAAACUCGAUUAAUGGAUCAUGUUGCAAGUAUGCAUCCUAAUAUUUUUGUUGGAAAAGUGGAUGGUUCAGCAAUGUAUCGUAAAUGGUAUUAUGAAGCUAUGGUGGAUCAUACAGAGACGGUUUCUCAUUUGCAUCCACAUUUUCGCGUUGGAUGGGCUAACAACAAAGGAUAUGUUCCAUAUCCUGGAGGUGGUUCAAAAUGGGGAGGAAAUGGAGUAGGAGAUGAUUUAUAUUCAUUUGGAUUUGAUGGCUGUUACAUGUGGGCAGGUGGAAGAUGCAAUAAAGUUCGUGAUAUAAGUCAUCCUUUUAUUCAAAAAGGAGAUGUAAUAGGCUGUAUUAUUGAUUUAUCCAUUCCUUUAAUGUCAUUUACUGUAAACGGAGUUAAAGUUAAGGGUUACUUCAGGAAUUUUAAUGUGGAUGGUAUGUUUUAUCCAGUAAUCAGUUCUUCAGCAAAAAUAAGUUGCCGUUUUAUUUUUGGAGGUGAUCAGGGUCGAUUAAGAUAUGGUCCACCUGAUGGACAUUCACCUCUUGUGGAAUGUCUUCAGCCUCAACAAAUUUUGACUAUCGAACCAUGUUUUCAAUUUGGAGAACUAAAUAAAGGAGUAGUUUAUGGACCUUCAUUAGAAACUGAUGAUACGGCAUUUGUUCCGCAACCAGUUGAUACUGCAGGGAUUACUUUACCUCCGUACAUUGAGUCAAUUCGUGAUAAGUUGGCAGAAAAUAUUCAUGAAGUUUGGGCAAUGAAUAAAAUUAGUAGUGGCUGGUCAUAUGGAGAAAUUAGAGAUGAUAUGAUGAAAAGACAUCCUUGUUUAACUUCAUUUGAGAGAUUACCAUUAGCUGAGAAAAAAUAUGAUACCACUCUAGCUUUACAGACUCUUAAAACAAUUAUGGCUAUUGGAUAUCAUAUUACAGUUGACAAACCACCUGCAAGAAUAAAGACUAUAAAAUUACAUAAUGAUCCUUAUUUACAAUCAAAUGGAUAUAAACCAGCUCCACUUGAUCUUAGUCAAAUUAGUUUAAAUCAAAAAAUGGAUGAACUUGUUGAUCUUCUGGCUGAAAAUACUCAUAAUGUUUGGGCAAGAGAACGUAUUCAUCAGGGAUGGACUUAUGGAUUAAAUGAGGUUUGUUUAGACACUGCUAGUGAAACUGUGAGAACCCUUUUAGCUUAUGGUUAUGUUUUGGAACCACCUUCUGGUGAUAAUGCUGAAGGUGUUUCAGGGAAAGUUGAUGAAUCUAAAUUUGAUUACAGAACUUACAGAGCAGAAAUUACAUAUGCUGUUACUUCUGGAAAAUGGUAUUUUGAAUUUGAGAUUUUGACUCCAGGCCAUAUGAGAGUUGGAUGGGCAGACAUCUCUUUUGCACCAUCAUGUGAACUUGGUGGUGAUGAACAUUCUUGGGCAUAUAAUGGAUUUUCUUCUUGUAAACAUCAUGCUGGAGGUGCUGAAUCAUAUGGUAAACCCUGGCAGGUUGGCGAUGUUGUUGGUUGUCUUCUUGACCUUCAUGAUAGAACUAUAAGUUAUUCAUUAAAUGGAGAAUUACUAUUAGAUGCUAUGGGAGGAGAAGCAGCUUUCAAUGAUAUACCUGUUAAUGAAGGAUUUGUCCCAGCAUAUACAUUUGGAACAGGACAAAAAGCAAAAUUAAUAUUUGGUCAUGAUGUUAAUAAUUUGCGAUUUUUUACAACUUGUGGUUUGCAAGAAGGCUAUCAACCAUUUUGUGUGAAUAUGAAUAGACACAUGACAUUUUGGUAUAACAAAGAUGAUCCACUUUUUGUUAAUGUUGAUGAAUUACCAGAUUCUUACAUUGAAGUUACAUUUUGUGUCAGUGAUAGUCCUCCUGCUUUGAAAAUUUCUCACAGAUUAUAUGAAACACUAGAAAAAGUUAAUUGGGAAUUCACUCGUUUAAGUCUUCCUAUAACUUUUUAUGAUGAAUUUAUUGAUGAAGUUGAAAAAGCACAUAGAUGGGAAGAAAUUAGAAGACGACAACGAAGAGAAUAUGUAGAUAGGGCAGGAGUACGCCAUCCUGGUAAAUUUAUAAUGCUAAUUUUAAUAAAAGACAGCACAUCUCUCGUAUCGCCUUCAUCAGAUCCAAGUUCCUACAACAUCACUGCUUGCGUGAAAAAUGAAAUUAGUAGUCAUCAAGACANGCAUAUGUUAAAAAGUGGUUUUAGUUUGUCAGAUAUCAAAGAUCUACAAAGAGGUUAUUCAGAAGAUGUAGCAGAAGGUGAAGAUCAUCCUCAUGUACCACCACGCCAACAUUCUGUUAAAAGAUCAACUCUGACAAAAACACAAUCAAUGGAAAUGGGAAUGCAGAGUUUAACAGUACCUGAAAGACCAGAAGAAUUGGGUAAAUUAAGAAGUGCAUCUAGUGAAGAAAUACAUAAAAAAGGAAUGGAAGAUAGUCAACUUUCUGAUCCAACUUCAGAUGAUUUAGAAAAGAAAAAACGAGGAAAGUCUCCAUUUCGGUUUUUUCGCAAAAAAGAAGAAAAAAAAGAAGAAGAAGAGCAUCUGCAUCCUCGUUUUGAGCACUCACCUGAACGAUCUAAAGCAUUAACUGUCCAAACUGGACCUACACUUGCUGUACAUACUCCAUCUAUGAGAUUAUCUCCAGCUGGAUCUGUUAGUCACAUUGUUCCACCUUCAGUGCCAGAUAGACCAAAUACUUUAUCUCCAGGUAUAGCUGAUAAGGGAACUCAUACUCCAAGGAGAGCAUCAUCUAAAACUAAUUUGGAUACUUUAGGAGAUGAUGGAGGAGAUGGAGGAGAUUAUUUGGAUCCAUCAAUAAUUGAUUUAGUUGAUGAAUUUUUUUAUGGUAUUAGAAUAUUUCCUGGUCAAGAUCCAAAUCAUGUUUAUUGUGGUUGGGUUACAACAGCAUAUAAACAUCAUAAUAAGAGCUUUGAUACAUCUUUGGUAAGGAAAGUAGUUUUUCAAGCAUGGGGAGAAGAUAAUUCAUACCAUGAGAUACAUGAAAGACAAGAUUGUUAUAUGGUGUGUGCUGGUCAAUUGCAUGCUGAAAUUAAUGCUGGUGAUUCCUCAUCAAGGAGUGCUAAUCAAGGAAUGUAUGUUGGUUGUCAUAUCGAUAUAUCAAUGGGUACAAUAACAUUUACAGCUGAUGGGAAACCAACUAAACAUAGAUUUCAGGUGGAACCAGGUACUAAACUUUUCCCUGCUGUGUUUUUUGAAGCCACUAGCAAGGAAAUUUUACAGUUUGAAUUAGGUAGAACACGUACUAGUUUGCCUUUAUCUGCUGCAGUGCUACAAAGUACAGGAAAAUUAUUGGUUCCACAAUGUCCACCAAGAUUAAAGGUUCAAUGUUUACAACCUCAUCAAUGGGCAAGAGUUCCAAAUCAAUAUCUUAAGCCUCAUGCAUUGAAAUUAUCAGAAGUUAGAGGAUGGAGCAUGUUAUGUGAAGAUCCUGUUUCUAUGUUAGCUGUUCACAUUCCAGAAGAAGAUCGUUGUAUAGAUGUAUUAGAACUGAUUGAACAUGAAAAGCUACUCAGCUUUCAUGCCCAUACAUUGGCUUUGUAUGGAGCCCUUUGUUUUCAAGGCAAUCAUCAUGCAGCACAUAUUAUAUGUUCUCAUAUUGAUGAAAAACAAUUACGAUAUGCUAUUCAAUCAGAUUAUAUGUCUGGACCAUUGAGAAUAGCAUUUACAGAUUUACUUGUAGCACUUCAUCUAGAAUUUCAUGCUAGAGCAAGGAGUUUAACACAAAAUGAAUUUAUUGUGCCAAUGGGUCCUGAAUUAAGAACAAUGUAUGAAGAUCCAGCAAGUAUUCAUCAAAUAUCAACUCUACAAAGUUCUUCAAUUCGUCCACAGAUGACUAUGACACCAACAUCGGAAAAAAUUGGUUCUUUAAAAACUCUAAGUACUCCAUAUUUUCCUGUGGAUAUUUUGAAACAAUUUAUUAUGGAAGCAUUAGAUGAUGCUGUUAGGAAAGGAAAUAGACCAAAUAGAGAUCCAAUUGGUGGAAGCAAUGAAAAUUUAUUUGUUCCACUUUUGAAACUAAUUGAUAAAUUAUUAUUGAUUGGCUUACUGGAGGAUUCUGAUUUAGAAUGGCUAUUAAUAUUAAUAGAUCCUGAAACAUUUGACCCAAAUUAUGAUCCAGAAAAUGAAUCACAAGUGAAAGGUUUAAUGCAAAUGAAUUUGCCUGAAGGUGCAAAAUUACAAAUGUGUUAUCUUCUUCAUCACUUGUGUGAUCUACAAUUAAGACAUAGAGUGGAAGCUCUAUGUUCAUACUGCGAUGAUUAUGUAGGAGAAAUACAAACUGAUCAAUUAAGAAGAUAUAUUGAGGUUAAGCAGUCUGAUUUACCAUCUGCUGUGGCAGCUAAAAAAACAAGAGAAUUUCGUUGUGCUCCAAAAGAACAAAUGCGUGCAAUAUUAGGAUUUAAAAAUUUAGAGGAAGAAAAUGCUGAUCAGUGUCCAUGUGGAGACACGCUAAGAGAGUCUUUAAAAUCUUAUCAUGAAGAAUUGAUGUCAAAAUUAAAAAUGGCAUGUGAAAGUCAGGAACCUGAAGAGAAAACUGAAGCUGCAUCAGAAACAGAACCAAGUAAACCUUGGUCUCAAAGAUUAUUUUCUUUUGUUAAAAUGGUUAAAGCUGCUGAAGAAAAAGGAAAAGAACAAGAAGAAUCUGAAGUUAGACCAGAAGAGUUAUUUGUAAAGAAGUUAAUAAGCACUGUUGUAAAAUGGGCAGAAGAUAAUUUUCUAGAAGAUCAAGAACUUAUUAGACAAAUGUUCUUUUUGUUGUUAAGGACAUACAAUGGAGUUGGAGAGCUUAUGAAUGCACUAGAAAAUACUUAUGUCAUCAGUAAUAAGAGCAAAAAUGAUGUUGUUGUAUUGUUGGGACAUUUAGGAAAAAUAAGAGCUUUACUACCUGUUCAAAUGGGCCCAGAAGAAGAAGAAAUCAUGAGAGAUAGUUUAUGGACAUUAGUAAACAACAGAGUGUUUUUUCAACAUCCUGAUUUAAUACGUAUUCUUAGAGUGCAUGAAAAUGUAAUGGAUGUAAUGAUGAAUACAUUAGGUAAAAGAGCUCAGACACAAUCAGCUAUUCAAGCCACUCCAGCAGCUGCAACAUCACCCACUAGUCCAGGUCAAGCCACUGAAGCUGCUGAAAAGGAUACAUCACAUGAAAUGGUGGUUGCUUGUUGUCGCUUCCUAUGCUAUUUUUGCAGAACUAGCAGACAGAAUCAAAAGGCAAUGUUUGAACAUUUAGGAUUUCUUUUAGAAAACAGCAACAUUCUGUUGUCCCGGCCAUCUCUUCGUGGUUCAACACCAUUAGAUGUUGCAUAUUCAUCAUUGAUGGAAAAUAGUGAAUUGGCUCUUGCAUUAAGAGAACACUAUUUAGAAAAAAUUGCAAUAUAUUUAUCUCGAUGUGGUUUACAGUCUAAUCAAGAAUUAAUCGAUAAAGGGUAUCCAGAUGUUGGAUGGGAUCCUGUAGAAGGAGAACGUUACUUAGAUUUCUUAAAAUUUUGUGUUUGGGUUAAUGGAGAAAGUGUAGAGGAAAAUGCCAAUCUUGUAAUUCGCUUAUUAAUCAGAAGACCAGAAUGUCUUGGUCCAGCAUUGAGAGGUGAAGGUCCAGGCUUAUUUGCAGCUAUAAAAGAAGCUAUUAAAAUGUCUGAAAGAAUUCAAGCAGAAAAAGAAAGUAUUGGAGAUACAUCUGCAGAAGAGGAUGAAGAUUACAUAGACAUUGGAGCUGCAAUUUUAAAUUUUUACUGUGCUUUAGUUGAUUUAUUGGGUCGAUGUGCUCCAGAAGCAGCAACUAUUGCUCAGGGGAAAAAUGAUUGUAUUAGAGCAAGAGCUAUAUUAAGAUCUCUUGUUCCUGUAGAAGAUUUACAAGGUGUACUUAGUUUACGUUUUAAUAUUCAAAUGCCAGCCAUUGGACAAGAAGAACAUAGAAGUGACAUGCCAAUUGGUUUACAACCAAAUCAUAAGCAAUCAGUGGUAUUAUUUUUGGAGAGAGUUUAUGGAUUGCCAACUCAAGAAUCAUUUUUUAGAUUAUUAGAAGAUGGAUUCUUACUUGAUCUCAGAGCUGCUACUAUGUUGGAAAGGAAUGAUGGAUCAGAAAGUGAAAUGGCAUUAGCUCUCAAUCGAUACAUUGGAAAUUCUAUCUUACCAACAUUAAUUCAAUAUUGCAACUAUUUUGCAAAUGCUGAUAAUUAUGCAAAUAUAUUAGAUGCCACACUCCAUACAAUUUAUCGUUUAUCUAAAGUAAAAAUUUUGACUAAAGGCCAAAGAGAAAGUGUUUCAGAUUUCUUAGUAAGCUUAACUCGGGAAAUGCAACCCAGUAUGCUAUUAAAGUUAUUAAGAAAAUUGACUGUUGAUGUAUCCGUGAUUACAGAAUAUACAACUGUUGCAUUAAGGUUGUUAACUUUACAUUUUGAACGAUGUGCAAAGUAUUAUGGAGCUGUAGGUGGUCAGGGAAUUUAUGGUUCAGCUUCAGAAGAAGAAAAACGUUUAACUAUGAUUUUAUUUACCAAUAUAUUUGAUUCUCUAGCAAAAAUGGAAUAUGAUCCAGAACUUUUCAAUAAAUCUCUUCCAUGUUUAAUUGCUAUUGCCUGUGCUUUACCACCUGAUUAUACUUUAUCAGCAGCAAGUGAUGAUGAUUGGUAUAAACAAGCUGGACCAUCAGAUGGACCAUACAUUCCAGAACCUGUUAAUACUACAAAUAUUCAGCUUAAUGCUGAUUUGAACAAUAUUGUACAUAGAUUUUCUGAACAUUACCAUGAUGCUUGGGCAAGCAGAAAGUUUGAAAGUGGUUGGUCUUAUGGUGAUUAUUGGAGUAGCGAAAGGAAAACUCAUCCACGAUUAAAACCAUAUAGUUUAUUAAGUGAUAGAGAAAAAGAAUGCUAUGAAGAGCCUGUAAGAGAAUCUUUAAAAGCAAUUUUAGCUCUGGGGUGGAAAAUUGAAUUAACUGAUUCAUCUCGAGCAUCAGCUUCUCAAGUAACUUCUCCAAAAACAGGAGAAUCAACCCAUUCAUACAAUCCCCAACCUGUUGAUCUCACAACACUCACAUUGAGCAGAGAAAUGCAGAAUAUGGCAGAAAGAUUAGCAGAAAAUACUCAUGAUAUAUGGGCCAUGAAANAGAAUUUUUUAAUAAUAUUUGAAAGUGGUUGGUCUUAUGGUGAUUAUUGGAGUAGCGAAAGGAAAACUCAUCCACGAUUAAAACCAUAUAGUUUAUUAAGUGAUAGAGAAAAAGAAUGCUAUGAAGAGCCUGUAAGAGAAUCUUUAAAAGCAAUUUUAGCUCUGGGGUGGAAAAUUGAAUUAACUGAUUCAUCUCGAGCAUCAGCUUCUCAAGUAACUUCUCCAAAAACAUCAGGUGGUGGGCUUCAUCCUCAACUUGUUCCUUAUGAUUUACUUACUGAUAAAGAAAAACGUAAGAACAGAGAUCGUUCACAAGAACUACUAAAAUUCUUACAGUCAGAGGGAUAUCGAACAGGAAGAAAAGAACUGACCUGGGCAUGGCUUGAACCCAUAACCUUUGCUUGCUGUGCAGUGUACUUGCCAGUUGCACCACCAGAACCCCAAGCUAGCCUUUAUGUGGUUAAUGGUUCAGAUGGCACAACUGACAAGCACACCACACAGCAAGCAGAGGUUAUGAGUCAAGCCCUGCCCCGGGAAAAAGAAUGCUAUGAAGAGCCUGUAAGAGAAUCUUUAAAAGCAAUUUUAGCUCUGGGGUGGAAAAUUGAAUUAACUGAUUCAUCUCGAGCAUCAGCUUCUCAAGUAACUUCUCCAAAAACAGGAGAAUCAACCCAUUCAUACAAUCCCCAACCUGUUGAUCUCACAACACUCACAUUGAGCAGAGAAAUGCAGAAUAUGGCAGAAAGAUUAGCAGAAAAUACUCAUGAUAUAUGGGCCAUGAAAGUUAAAACUGAAAUGGAUGCUAUUGGUGGUGGGCUUCAUCCUCAACUUGUUCCUUAUGAUUUACUUACUGAUAAAGAAAAACGUAAGAACAGAGAUCGUUCACAAGAACUACUAAAAUUCUUACAGUCAGAGGGAUAUCGAACAGGAAGGGCUAGCAAAAAAUCAGUGCAAGAAUCUGGAGAACAGGCUGGAUCAACUUCUAGUGGUGAGAGAUUUGCCUCAUUGCUUUUAGAAAAACUCUUGCAAUAUUUGGAUGUUGCUGCCAUUAAUAUGAAGAUUCUAAAACCUAGUGCCAAUUAUAGUCGUCGAAGUAGUUUCAAAACUUCUACUCGUGAUGUGAAAUUUUUCAGCAAGGUAGUUCUUCCAGUAAUGGAAAAAUAUUUUUCUGCACACCGCAAUUUUUUUAUAAGUGCAGCAACAACUGCUACAAAUGUUGGUGUAGCAACAGUUCGAGAAAAAGAAAUGGUUGCUAGUUUAUUUUGUAAACUAGCAGCAUUAUUGAGAGCAAAAUUAAGUGUAUUUGGAAAUGAAGCAAAAAUCUCUGUUCGUGGUCUACAAGUAUUAAUUAGAGCAACUGAUGCUAGAACUAUUGUAAAAAAUUGUCCAGAUUUUGUUAAAACGUCUAUGCUGACAUUUUUCAACAAUGCUGCUGAUGAUUUAGCUCAAACGGUUGUGAAUUUACAACAAGGUCGAUAUAGUUUGUUACGAGGAACUACAUUGAAAACAUCAUCAUCUCUCAAUUACAUACAAUUAGUUUUGUUGCCAGUUCUUACAGCACUUUUUGAUCAUUUAGCUGCUUGUGAAUUUGGAAGUGAUCUUCUUUUGGAUGACAUUCAAGUAGCUUGUUAUAAAAUUCUGAACAGUUUAUACACUCUGGGAACAAAUCCAGAAUUAUCUAAUAGCAGAAAAUUUAUCAAGUCUGAAUUGGACAGACAUAGACCAGCUUUAGGUAAUUGUUUGGGCGCUUUUGCUGGAACAUUCCCUGUUGCAUUCUUAGAGCCACAUUUGAAUAAGCACAAUCAAUAUUGCAUUCACGGAAAAUUAGAGGAACAUUCCCUUGAAGCACAAGCUGUGAUGGCUGAAUUAGAAUCAAGCAUGCCAACAUUAGAUGAUUUAAUGGGACAGGUAGACAAAUUUGUUACUGCUGGAGGAAAAUAUAGUGAAACACCAUAUGUUAUAGAAGUAAUGAUACCAAUGCUUUGCAGUUAUCUUCCAUUCUGGUGGAGUCAAGGGCCUGAUAAUGUGAAUUUAACAACUGGAAAUCAUGUCACUAUGGUAACAAGUGAUCAUCUAAAUGCUUUACUAACUAGCAUAUUAAAUUUAUUGAAAAGACAUGCUGGAGAAGAUGGACAUAGUUGGAUGAUUAGUAUUGCUGGUAAUGGAGGGCAGAUUGUCAUUAAUUCAUCUGAAGAAUUAUUAUAUGAUCCAAUAUUGCCUCUUGCUGAAAAAAUAUACAAAAAUGCUGAUAGUAUUUUUCACAAAGAAGAUUUAAUGAAGGGAUAUUUAAAAUCAUCAACUGAAGAUACAUCACAAAUUGAAGGCCAGCUUCAGGAGGAGUUUGCUGUAUUAGUAAGAGACAUUUAUGCAUUUUAUCCAUUACUUAUAAAAUAUGCAGAUUUACAAAGGAAUCAUUGGCUAAAACAUAAUGUUAAAGAAGCUGAACAGUUAUACAAUUAUGUUGCCCAUAUUUUUAAUGUGUGGUCCAAAUCACAAUUUUUACGUAGAGAAGAACAAAACUAUAUCUCUCAACAUGAAAUUGAUAACAUGGCAUUAAUAAUGCCUGCUGCAGGUCGAGGCAGAGCAACAGUGCAAGCUGUUGAAACUGCAGGAACGGCUAAAAAAGCAAAGAAAAAACGUGAUGGUAAACGUGACAAAGAAAAGGAAUUAGCUGCCAGUCUAAUGGUUGCUUGCUUAAAGCGUUUACUUCCAAUUGGAUUGAAUUUAUUUGCUGGAAGAGAACAAGAAUUAGUUCAACAUGCAAAGGAAAAAUAUUUAAAAAAGCAACAAGAAUCAGAUAUACUUGAUUAUAUAAGCCUUCAGUUGACUCUUCCUGAUAAGAUUGAUCCUAGUGAUGAUAUGAGUUGGCAACACUAUUUAUAUAGUAAAUUAGGAACAAGAAGAGAAGGUACAGCAGCAGUAUUACCCACUCAAUUGGUUGAGAGUAUUGUUGAUAUGGCAAAAGUUCUUUAUGGACUUCACAUGAAUUUACAGAAGCAACAAGAAUCAGAUAUACUUGAUUAUAUAAGCCUUCAGUUGACUCUUCCUGAUAAGAUUGAUCCUAGUGAUGAUAUGAGUUGGCAACACUAUUUAUAUAGUAAAUUAGGAACAAGAAGAGAAGGUACAGCAGCAGUAUUACCCACUCAAUUGGUUGAGAGUAUUGUUGAUAUGGCAAAAGUUCUUUAUGGACUUCACAUGAUUGACCAUCCCCAGGGACAACUAAAGGGGGUGGUACGCAGUUUGGUUUCUACUUCAAGGAAACGUGCUGUGAUUGCCUGUUUCAGAAUGACUUCUCUUCAUAGCUUACCAAGGCAUCGUGGAAUUAAUAUAUUUCUGCAAACAUAUCGUGAAAUGUGGUUAGAAGAAGAAAAUGUUGGCCAAGAACAAUUAAUAGAAGAUUUAACGCAAUCAUUUGAAGAUGCAGAACAAGCAGUUGCACAAGAGGAUGAAGAAGAAAAACCUGAUCCUUUAAAUCAGCUAGUUGUGGCAUUCAGUCGUAAUGCUACUACAGAACACACAGGUUCAAUUUCAGAAGAUAAUCUUUAUAUGGAAUAUGCUUCAAUAUUUAGUAAGGUAAUUCAUGGAAAGAAAAAAUUUGCUCAAGUAUUGGAACAAGAAAUGGAAAAACAGAGAUUAUUAUUCCAACAAGCUAGAUUAGCAGAUAGAGGGGUGGCUGAAAUGACACUUCUAUUUAUUUCAGCUUGCAAAGGUGUCCAGGGUCCCAUGGUAAUGAAAACAUUGAAAUUAGGCAUUUCACUUUUAUUUGGAGGAAAUGUUGAUGUUCAAAUGAGCAUGCUUAAACAUUUGAAAGAAAAAAAAGAUGUUGGCUUUUUCACCUCAAUUGCUGGUUUAAUGAAUUCCUGCAGUGUAUUAGAUUUAGAUGCUUUUGAAAGAAAUCAAAAAGCAGAAGGACUUGGUGUUGGUUCAGAAGGCACUGCAGGUCAGAAAAAUAUGCAUGAUGCUGAUUUUACUUGUGCUCUUUUCCGAUUUUUGCAACUGCUAUGUGAAGGUCACAAUCUUGAAUUCCAGAAUUAUUUAAGAACACAAGCAGGCAACACUACAACUGUGAAUGUAGUAAUUAGCACUGUUGAUUAUUUAUUAAGAUUACAAGAAUCUAUUAUGGACUUUUAUUGGCAUUAUUCAAGCAAAGAAGUCAUAGAUCAACCUGGUAAAGAUAACUUUUGCAGAGCAAUCACAGUAGCAAAGCAAGUAUUUAACACAUUAACUGAAUUUAUUCAGGGUCCAUGUUCUCUGAAUCAACAAGCACUAGCUCACAGCAGAUUGUGGGAUGCUGUAGGUGGUUUCUUAUUUUUGUUUGCUCAUAUGCAAGACAAAUUAUCUAAGAAUUCAAGCCAAUUGGAUCUAUUGAAAGAAUUAUUAGAAUUACAAAAAGAAAUGGUGAUUAUGAUGCUAAGUAUGCUAGAAGGUAAUGUUAUGAAUGGUACUAUUGGCAAACAAAUGGUUGACACCUUGGUUGAAUCUGCUUCUAACGUGGAGGUGAGUUCUUGUUAACUCCUGAAUAGUAUAAGGUUAAAAAUAAUUAGAAAAG